AUGAUGCUAUACGAUCCUCCUGCAAAACCUGCUGCCUCUAACACCAGUUCAGCCAAACCCGGGCCGUUUCAGUUUGCUUUUCGGCGAGUGGCAGCCACAAUCCGGCUGUUCCUGCAAAGGAAGCUAUUGACAGCCGCCCGCACUAUUGGCCCUGUACACAGGACCUGCAUCGCGGCGAGGGCAGUGUAUGUGGUGCGGACAGGAGAUGAUCACGGGCCGAUCCAGAACAGCUAUGCGGCCAGUUUGCAGGAUGAGGCAGUCAUGGCUAUGGAAUGCAAUAUCAAGGAUAUUUUACAAAGAAUAAUUAUCGAAAUCAUCAAGUCUCUCAGAAUUUGA